AUGACGGCAGAGCUGAAAGAUCGGAAGCGCCCUCGAGAGCCUGACAACGAAGUAGAUGUUGAGGAGAUCACGAGGGUAGAGUCCGAGAACGGGACUCUGGCCCCUGCUUCAGUGAUCCAAACGAAUCGUACCAAAGCCAAACAAAUCAAGAUCAUGUCCGCAGGCUCCUUCAAGGAGAUGGAUAUCAUCUAUACGCCAAACAACGAGGUGAAGAUUUCCUUCGCCAAUCAUCCGAUAUCCGUCGAGCUUCGAGCGAAUUCACCAAGCGAGAUGCAGAUCAGCGUUGCCAGUCGCUGUACUGUGAAGCCAUCUACAGUCCAGAGCUCGAGCGAUAAGAGCAUCGUACUCCGCAUACAAGCAAGGCAUCGCCGACCUGCCGUCUUUCCGUUCUUGGACUUGCCGCCGGAACUGCGACUGAUCAUCUAUGGCCUUGUGCUUGCUGGAAAUGAGACUGGGUGGAAGGAGGCUUACUCCAAUUCCGGAAUUCCACAGGUCAAAAACUUACAGCCUCUCGGGAAAGCUCAAAAGCUGUUUUGGAUAAAACAGCAAAUCCGGGAAGAGGUAUCCGCAGAGGUGGGCCUAUCUAAACUCAACCAACUCCAUGUACGCCACGCUCAAUCCCGAACCCUCGACUUCGUACGUGGCCUACUCGAGAUGAUUGGCGAAAAGGGCCGUGAGAACAUCCGGGAUCUCUCAUGGAUUCCUUGGUGGAGUCCGGGCUGGGAGGAAGAAUCUAAGAGGAACUCAGACCUAGCUCUGGCUGCUGAGGUUGCUGCUACGAAUUGGCUUAAGAUCCAACUUAUCAAAGAUGACAUGCGAAGGGCGAAAGGGGCACGGGGGAUAAAGAUGAAGCUCUUGGAAUAG